GAAUCCAUCUUGGUGGGUUUUGGUCCAAAGCUACCAGGUGAUCUCUCGAAGGUUUUGAUAAAUGACAAACGCAACACUGAACGAAAAUUUAUUUUCGGUUCAAGAAAGCAAAAGAGACACAUCAAGAAAUUUACAACGUCAAUAUUUCGGCAUUCAAGUCUCUACGCAAGAUUUCGAAGAAUCAUGUUUGGAACAACUAGAUACGGACAAAUGUCCUUCAUCAUCUCGCCAAUUGAUUGAUUCUUACUGUCACUGCAUUAUUCACACCAUUAAUCGAUUAUUUCACUUGUAAAAAUCGAUUUUUUCUCCUAGCUCAGAUCUGGCUUUUCGCCCAGAAUUUUAAUCGAUUUUCUCAAUCUUUGAAAAAUCAAUUUCCCUCUUGAGAAGUAGGUAGUGUGAAUUGACUCCACUCCUCUCAUAUUGGGUCUGCCCAUUGUUGAUUGAUGCAUGGAAGUAAGAGUGUAAGACACCUAUAUAUUUCACAACAUAUUUUCCUUCAAUUGGUGAGAUUAGAUCAGAAAAAUGGAUUCAAUCAGCUCAUGUGGAGUGCUCUUUCUCUUCUUGGCACUAUACACUCUCCACUCACUCCUAAGAACCAUCACAAAAACCAAGCACAAAAAGAAGCUCCCACCCGGGCCUUCCAUUUUUACCCUCAUCUCCAACCUCUCGGACCUGUUCCACAAGCCGCAGCAGACACUGGCGAGGCUCGCGGAGGAGUACGGCCCGGUAAUGCGGGUGCAAAUUGCCGGCCGGGAGACGACCGUAAUAGUCUCCUCGGACGACAUGGCGAGGGAGAUCCUCCACACCCAUGACGCCCUGUUCUCCGACCGCUCCGUACCGGACGUCACGACCGCUCACGACCACAACUUGUCCAGCCUGGUUUUCCUCCCGGUCUCGCCGCUCUGGCAAGACCUGAGGAAAAUCUGUCAUCAGAGGUUGUUCUCCAACAACACUCUUGACCGCAGCGAAAACCUCCGGCGCAAGAAGUUGCAAGACCUUCUCGGCGACAUGCACCAGAGCAGCAUCAAAGGUGAGGUGGUGGAUGUGGGAAGGGCAGCAUUCAAGGCCUGCAUCAACUUCCUCUCUUACACAUUCGUCUCCCAAGACUUCAUCGUCAAGUCGGCGGUGGACGACGACGGCGAGUUCAAAGAUUUGGUGUCCACUCUCCUGAAAGCCACCGGAACGCCGAACGUGGUCGACUUUCUCCCCGUGCUGAAGAUUUUCGACCCGCAGGGCGUCCGGAGGCACACCGCCUCCUACCUCACCCGGUUUUUUCGGGUGCUGGACCGCCUCAUCGAUGACCGGGUGAGGGAAAGAGAAGGGGAAAGUUACUUGAGUAACAAUGAUAUGUUGGACACUUUGUUGGACAUUUCUCAAGAGGAUAUCAAGAGGAUGGAUAGGAAGAAGAUUAGACACUUGUUGCUGGAUUUACUGGUGGCGGGAACAGAUACAACAGCUUAUGGACUAGAAAAGGCACUGAGCGAACUAGUCCACAACCCAGAGGUAAUGUCAAAAGCCAAGAGAGAAUUGGAGCAAACCAUCGGAUUGGGGAAGGCAAUGGAGGAAUCGGACAUCGGGCGCCUUCCCUACUUGGAAGCCGUGGUCAAGGAGAGCCUGCGGCUACACCCGCCCGCCCCGCUUUUGCUCCCGCGAAGGGCCAAAACGGAUGUCCUAGUUCCUGGAGGGUACACUAUCCCUCGAGGCGCCCAAGUCCUCAUCAACGAGUGGGCCAUCGGGAGGAGCGAAACCGCAUGGGAGGACGCGAACUCGUUCCUGCCCGAGCGGUUUUUGGGGUCGGAGAUUGAUGUCAAAGGCAGGCAUUUCAAGCUGACCCCGUUUGGGAGCGGUCGUCGCAUCUGCCCGGGCUCCCCGCUCGCCAUUAGGAUGAUGCAUUUGAUGCUGGGGUCACUGAUCAACUCUUUUGAUUGGAGGCUUGAGGGCAAUAUGGAUCCCAAGGACAUGGACUUUGAUAAGCCCCUCAGAGCCAUUCCCAUUUCAGUGAAGUGCUAGUUAACUGUACUACUGCAUGCAUGUUGUGUUGUUCUUCCUCAGGGGGAUUGAAUUUAGUUAUUGUGAAUUUGGCCAAUUCAAUGAGGACCUAUCAAGUUAUUACCAAUUGAAUUGAAGCUUGUUCUAAUAAAGUUUAAGUUAUUACCAAUUGAAUUGAAGCUUGUUCUAAUAAAGUUUAGCCUUUUGU